GCAAUUAACUCACGUGGUCCAUACUUCUGGUUUACGCUUCAACUUCAAGUGUGUUUGUGCAUGUGGCAUUACAUUUGUUUUAAAUUUAUGCGAUACGAAGUGAACUUUAUAUAAAUUUGCGUUUGUAAAAACAGUGGAAGAAAAAUGUCUGUGUUUAUGGAUCUAAACAUUAUCAGCAAUAAUGAUAAGAACAGACUCAGAAGCAUAAUAGAGACAGCUGCUCACCUUGGUUACUCAACAGUUGCAAUAAACUAUGUGGUUGAACCACAACAGAAGAAACAGGAAAUUCCUAAGCCACAGAGUGUGUCAGACAUAUUUGAUAAAUUCCCAGUAGUACAGGGCAAAUGUUCUCCCAUCAAAGUACUGAAUCGAUUGACCAUCAUAGCCUCUGAUGCUUCUCAUUUUAGACCAACCAAUGAAUACAAAAGCUUUGACCUUGUGGCAGUGUAUCCCAAGACAGAAAAACUCUUUCAUGCAGCCUGCAUGACUUUUGAUGUGGACAUUAUCUGCAUUGCAGUGGCUGAAAAACAACCCUUCCAUUUUAAAAGGGCUCCAGUUAAUGGGGCUAUUGACAGGGGAGUUUUCUUCGAGACAUGUUAUGCGGCAGCCAUCAGAGACACCACUAUGAGGAGAUACACCAUUGCCAAUGCCAUCAGCCUCAUGGAAGUCUGUAAAGGAAAAAAUAUCAUAGUGUCCAGUGGAGCAGAAAGACCUCUUGAGUUGAGGGGCCCAUAUGACAUUGCCAAUUUAGGGCUUUUGUUCAGCCUGUCUGAGGGAGAUGCCAAAGCUGCUGUUUCUACUAACUGUCGAUCUGUCUUGCUUCAUGGAGAGACGAGAGCCACUGCAUCUGGUGUUGUUUACACCAUGAAGAAACCAAAAACUCCCCAGAAGCAAGAAGAAGAAUCUCCAAUAUCUAAAAAGGCCAAAACUGAAUUAGCAUAGUCAGUAUUCCAUGUGUGUUAAUUAGUUGUUGUUGUUUUUUUGUUAAUAUUCCCAAAAUGCCUUUUCCUCAGUCUUGCAAUCCACUUUAAAUGGAAAGAUAAUAAAAAUGACAUUUAUUUAGUUAAGCUUUAAAGGAAUUGCAAGCAAAUUUUACAGAUACACGUACAGAUAAAUUAUUAGACUAGUAUAAAAUUGCUCAUCUCACAAGUGCAUUCUGUAAUAAAUUACCAUUUAGAAUAUCAAAAAAAAAAAAAAAAAACCUGAUUCUCAUCUCAG